AUGGCAGCUCCCAAUCCCGACGGUCCUGCUCGACUCAUAACGCACUUCACGACCCGAGACCGCGGCAAACAGAUAGCAGGUUGGUCUGAGCUGUGGGAUUCCGAUGAGAGUGAUCUUUGGGACAGAGGCAAGCCAUCGCCGGCUCUUAUCGACCUCAUCGAAUCCAGGGCUGAGGGAAUUCCUCGUGCGACUGGCGGACGGCGUCCGAAAGUGCUGGUGCCCGGCUGCGGAAAGGGCUACGACGUCGUGAUGCUCGCGCUGCACGGCUUUGACGUGUACGGCCUGGAAGUCUCGGAAAAAGGUGCAGAAACUGCGCGCAAAUAUGCCGAGACAGAGCUUCCAGAACCGACGGAGUACAAUUUUGGCACUCCUGACAGUGUCCCCAGCACAUGGCCUGGUGAUAUCAAGAUUAUAUCCGGCGACUUCUUUAAGCGGGACUGGGAAGAACAUUGCAUGGCCAGCGACGAGGAUGCUUUUCGGGGCUUCGACUUGAUCUACGACUACACGUUUCUCUGUGCCCUACUUCCCGAGAUGCGAAAAGAUUGGGCGAAACGCAUGCACGAACUCUUGUCACCGACUGGCGUUCUCGUGUGCCUCGAGUUUCCGCUCUACAAGGACCUCAAUCUCUUAGGACCGCCUUGGGGUCUGAACGGUGUUUACUGGAAUUUACUUGCUGAGGGCGGUGAUGGAAUGAUAAAGGAGCCGCUUCUUGAGAAUUUGGAUCGUAAGGCAUCGGCAGGGUCAUUCAAAAGGGUGUCAUACUUCAAGCCGCCGCGAUCUUACAAGAAUGGCAAGGGGACGGAUAUGGUCAGCGUGUGGGCACGAAAGUAA